UAAAUAGUUGCGAAGAAUUCCCCUAGUCGUCCAAUAAUCUCCUACAAUCUCGCGACAACCCGCCCGAGGAGUGCAGUUCCUCGUCAUGGAGGACAAUGCCGAAAAGGCAGAGGCCGGGGCAUUUCUGAGGUCGCUUCUCAACAAGAACCUGUGCAUCUACACAACGGACGGGCGGCUAUUCAUAGGCACAUUUAAAUGCACCGAUACCCACAGAAAUGUCGUCCUAUCGCUCUGCUACGAAUAUCGACAGCCGUCGCAACAGAAGAUCGCCGAAGCCGCAGCCGCAGCCGAGAGCUCUGGCAAGGACAAGUUGGCUGCGGACAUGACGUCGCGGUAUUUGGGCCUCGUCGUGGUCCCCGGUGAACAUAUUGUGAAAAUGGAAGUCGAAGAAUUCACUAGUCAGGUUAAAAGUCGCUCGAUAUUCGAUAGAAAGGACAUAUACGGUCACCAAUGAUAAUGGUGUGGAUGUCAGAUACACGAAGGAGGAAACUGCGCGAUUGCGCUGCUAUGGAGGCUGGUCGAGUCCUUGCGGGCUGAGUAGAUCAACCAUCAUAGAGCCAAAGUCUACUUGGAACCGACCAACAUAGACCUCUUACCUGGUAGGGUACUUAUGCCUUCCGAUUACAGGUAAUAGGCGAUGUGCUUUAUGAGGAUACCUUAAUAUUGGGGAUUGACAUGUACACUCUAGUGCAUAUACUUAUAGCACAUGUGGGAUCUACAAAACCUACCUGUAUUGUUAGCACUAGUCUCCCGAUAGCAAUACCUGGACGAAGAGAAAUCACGCAUAGCAACCUUGGAAAUUAGUUGACUAAUUAAUAUAUCUUUGGCUUUCAAU